AUGCCGAGAGAUUUAUCUUCAGAAGGCGGAGAAGGUGCAGCCACAACACCAGCAGCAGCACCAGAAGGAGGAGCAGCAGCAGCAAUGAACCCUGCAGGAUUUGCUUCUCCUGCUCGGGUAUCAACAGCAGCAGGAAACGCUACUCUUCUUCCAUGGCUACAGGGUUUAUCCGAUAGUUAUAGAAGGGGCCCGAGCCCAUUAGAGAGGCUUCAACGGCAGCAGCAGCGGGCUGCAGCAGCAGCAGCAGCAGCAGAAGCAGAAGAAGCAGCAGCAAGAGGACGGCGACAUUACUUAACAUAUUCUGAACGGCAGGUGCUGCUGAACCCCCCAGCUUCUCCUUGGCUGCCUGUACUGCUUGCACUCGGUGUAUUUUGUAUUUUCUCGAUGAGUUUGUCUUCACAUAGUACUGGAGAAAGCUCAAAGUUAAUUGAAGAUCAUACAGAAGCUCCUUUUAUACCUCAUGAGUCUGAUAUUCCUCAGCAUUUCUUAGAUGAACAAACAGACACAGAUGUAAAUGAAGAUUAUGAAGAUAGGCUUCUAUCAGUGCAAACAAAAGAUUUAUUUUCUCUUGGAGAGGAUAACGAAGAUCAGCACCUAGAUUGGUUUAGAGAUGGAAGUAGCAUCAGCAAGUUGCUGCAAGUACCUUAUCAUUAUAGAAUGAUGUUAGAUAGUGCUCCUGCAAGUUUGUUGCGGCAAGUAGAUGUGCUGCUGGACGAAUCUCGCAAAAUUCAGCAGCAGCGGCAGCAGCAGCAGCAGCAGCAGCGGCAGCAGCAGCGGCAGCAGCAGCGGCAGCGUAGACGCUCUAAGACGGCUUUGUUGUUAGAGGAGGAUUUAUUAGCUGCAGCAGAGAUGUUGAUAUUCUAUAGAGCAGCAGUAAGUGCUGCUAGCAAGCCUCCUACUGAGGAACAGCAGCAGCAACUGGAACGCCUUCAGCAGCAGUUAGGUGCUGCUGUAUACCGUUUCAAAUAUGAGUGGGGUGAAGUAUUUGGCGUUAAUAAUGAAUUUAGUUUAUCUUUAAAAGAGCAGCAAUUAUAUUCACGCCUUGUAGAUGUUACGGGGGGCUCUCUUGAAGAUAUGCUGCAUGCACUAUCGGAGAAACUCAGUGCAGCAACAGAAGCAGCAACAAAAACAAAAACAAAAACAAAACACAGACGAUUUAAAAAUAAAAUUAAUGAUGAAGACGACAAGAGGAGAUUAUCGACGAGAUUAGAACUGGGAAGACUGCUCUCUCACGCCGGCUUCCCGGGUCAAAUCGGAGACGCCUUUGAAGCAGAUUAA